GCGAUGUGAUGUCACUUCCUGCAUAUGACUUUCCCCGGGAAGGCGAUUUGGCGCGGACUGUCCUGUUGUUGUGUUGACCUGCAGGUAUCAGUGAGCAAACGGUAAAGGCUAAAAGUUAAAGUUAUGGCUCCGGUAUCAAACCCAGAGAAAGACAUGGACGGUCCGGAUGGCGACGAUGGAGGCGAUGCCUGUGGUCUGGCAAAGUCUCGCUCCAGACGGGAGAAGAGAGAGAAGGUGGGGAGGAAGUCUGCACUGGAGCAGCUCAAGAAAGCCAAGUUGGGGGAAAAGAUCAAAUAUGAGGUGGAGGAGUUUACAAGUGUGUAUGAGGAGGUGGACGAGCAGCAGUACUCAAAGAUGGUACGAGAAAGACAAGAGGAUGACUGGAUUAUUGAUGAUGAUGGAACAGGAUAUGUGGAGGAUGGAAGAGAAAUCUUUGACGAUGAUUUGGAUGAUGAUGUAGUUGAAAACAAAAAAGGAAAAGCUGGUGCUAAAGGAGCAGGCUCAAAGACAAACGUAAAGAAAUCUGCUGUAGCCAAGCCCAACACCAUUAAGAGCCUCUUCAUGAACAGUAAUGUCAAGAGGCCUGCUGAGAAAGACGUAGACCUGUCCAAAGAUGACCUAUUAGGAGAUAUCUUACAGGACCUGCACUCUGAGAAACCGACUCUUCUGACUCCUCCGCCAGUGGUCACUCUGAAGAAAAAGAAGUCUCUUGGAUCACCCAUGAAUCCCUUUUCACUCAAACCUCAGAUGCCAAAGCAGGAGUCAGCCCCAGCUACAGGGUUAAAGGCCAAAGUUAUCAGGCCACCGCCUUCUGACCCGACCCCCAGGUCAUCAGCCUGCCUCCCUUCCUCCACCACACCUGCUCCUCCUGUGGCGAAGCAGAGGGCAAAAGUGGAGGAGCUGGAUGAAGAGCAAGAGAAUGACCCUCUGGCUUUUGAUGGGGUGGACUUUGAUGAGCCGAUGGAGGUCGGGCUUGAGGAGGAGAAGCCUGCACUUAAAGAUGAUGCUGAGUCUUCACCUAAAGCAGCAGCAGUGGCAGUUAAAGUGGAGCCCAAAGCAGAGCCUCAGGACCCUGUUUUAUUGACAAACAGGAUUGGAAGCUCUUGGGGACAAGAGGAGGAAGGUGGAGCAAGCGAGGCUCCAGCAGAGAUACAGGUUGACUCCAGCCAACUCCCAUUGGUGGAGGGCGCAGACGGGGAGCAGGUCUUUCGCUUCUAUUGGUUGGAUGCCUUUGAAGACCCCUACAGCCAACCAGGUGUGGUGUACAUGUUUGGAAAAGUGUGGAUCGAGUCUGCAAAGUCUUAUGUCAGCUGCUGUGUCACUGUCAGGAACAUUGAGCGGACCAUGUACUUCCUGCCUCGCGAAUAUAAAGUGAACACCAAGACCGGCGAGGUGUUGGACACUCCUGUAGGAAUGAUGGAUGUCUACCAGGAGUUUAAUGAACUCUCUGAGAAGUUCAGGAUCAUGAAGUUCAAGUCCAAGAAAGUGGAGAAGAGCUACGCCUUUGAAAUUCCUGAUGUGCCCACUCAGAGCGAGUACUUGGAAGUCAGAUAUUCUGCUGAGUUCCCUGCGCUGCCUUCGGACCUUAAGGGGGCGACCUUUUCCCACAUUUUUGGAACCAACACUUCUAGUCUGGAGCACUUCCUCCUCAGCAGGAAGAUUAAAGGGCCUUGCUGGCUGGACAUCAAGACACCACAGCUGAUCAGCCAGCCGGUCAGCUGGUGUAAGGUGGAGGCUCUGGCCCUGAGGACCGACCUGGUCACUGUGGUCAAAGACCUGUCGCCUCCACCCAUCACCGUCAUGUCCAUCAGCCUCAAGACUAUCCAGAACCCCAAGACACACCACAACGAGAUUGUGUCCCUGUCUGCACUGGUCCACUAUCAGUUCCAUAUGGAUAAAGCUCCACCUCAACCUCCAUACCAGACCCAUUUUACUGUGGUCAGUAAACCGGCUGACUGUAUCUUCCCCUACGACUUCAAAGAUGCUGUGAGGAAGAAGAAUGGGAAAGUGGAGAUAGCUGCUACAGAGCGGACUCUGCUUGGCUUCUUCCUGGCCAAGAUGCACAAAAUCGACCCUGAUGUGCUGGUGGGUCACGACAUCUUUGGGUUUGACCUGGAAGUGAUUCUGCAGAGAAUCACUGUGUGCAAGGUUCCCCACUGGUCUAAGAUUGGACGCCUCAGGAGGGCCAAUAUGCCCAAACUAGGGGGUCGUGGUUCCUUUGCAGAGAAGAGCGCGACCUGUGGCCGUCUGGUGUGCGACGUGGAGAUCUCAGCCAAGGAGCUGAUUCGCUGUAAAAGUUACCAUCUGACUGAACUGGCUGCACAGGUGCUGAAGAUGGAGAGAGUCACAGUCCCUCAGGAAAACAUCAAGAAUCUCUACAGUGACUCUCCUCACCUGCUCUACCUGUUGGAGUUGACCUGGACAGACACCAAGCUGAUCCUCCAGAUCAUGUGUGAGCUCAACGUGCUGCCGCUGGCCCUGCAGAUCACCAACAUUGCUGGCAACAUCAUGUCUCGUACUCUAAUGGGCGGCCGCGCAGAGAGGAACGAGUUCCUGUUGCUUCAUGCCUUCCACGACAAAAACUACAUUGUCCCUGACAAACCCUCCUUCAAAAAGGCCCAGCUGGAAAUGGUCGAGGGAGAAGAAGAUGUGGAUGCAGGGAAAGGCAAGCGGAAGAAGAAGGCAGCCUAUGCUGGAGGUCUGGUGCUGGAUCCUAAAGUUGGUUUCUACGACAAGUUUGUGCUGCUGCUUGACUUCAACAGCCUCUAUCCCUCAAUCAUCCAAGAGUUCAACAUCUGCUUCACCACUGUACAGAGGGAGGCUCACAACACACAGAAUAAGAAUAAGAAUGAGGAGGAUGGGUCAGAAGACAUUCCUGAAAUUCCAGAUACAAACCUGGAGAUGGGAAUCCUGCCCAAAGAAAUCAGGAAGCUGGUCGAGCGGCGUAAACAGGUCAAGCAGCUGAUGAAACAGCAAGACAUCAACCCAGACCUCUACCUGCAGUAUGACAUUCGCCAGAAAGCUCUGAAGCUGACAGCGAACAGUAUGUACGGCUGCCUGGGAUUCAGCUUCAGCCGCUUCUACGCCAAGCCACUUGCCGCCCUGGUCACACACAAGGGUAGAGAGAUUCUGAUGCACACCAAAGACAUGGUUCAGAAGAUGAAUCUGGAAGUCAUCUACGGAGACACUGACUCCAUUAUGAUCAACACCAACAGCAAUGCUCUGGAGGAAGUCUACAAACUUGGCAACAAGGUGAAGGCCGAAGUAAACAAGCUCUACAAACUGCUGGAGAUCGACAUCGACGGUGUGUUUAAGUCGCUUUUACUGCUGAAGAAGAAGAAAUACGCUGCCUUGGUGGUGGAGAACCAUGGCGAAGGACGAUACAGUGUCAAGCAGGAGCUCAAAGGCUUGGACAUUGUGCGCAGAGAUUGGUGUGACCUGGCCAAGGAAUGUGGCAACUAUGUGAUUGGUCAAAUCUUGUCUGACCAGAGUCGUGAUGUCAUUGUGGAGAACAUCCAGAAACACCUGGUGGAGUUGGGAGAGAAAGUAGCAGCUGGAACCGUACCACUCAACCAGUAUGAGAUACACAAGGCUUUGACUAAAGAUCCUCAGGACUAUCCAGAUAAGAAGAGCCUCCCUCAUGUCCAUGUGGCUCUAUGGAUCAACUCCCAGGGUGGUCGCAGGGUCAAAGCUGGAGAUACAGUCUCCUACAUCAUCUGCAAGGACGGUUCCACGCUGGCAGCCAGUCAGAGAGCUUAUGCUCUAGAGCAGCUCCAGAAGCAGGAGGGUCUCAGCCUGGACACUCAGUACUACCUUGCCCAGCAGGUCCACCCUGUGGUGUCCCGCAUCUGUGACCCCAUCGAGGGCAUCGACGUCGUGCUCAUCGCCACGUGGCUGGGUCUGGACCCAAGUCAGUUCCGAGCUCACCAGCAGUACCAGAGGGAGGAAGAGGCUGAUGGCAUGCUCGGAGCUCCGGUCCAGCUGACUGAUGAAGAGCGCUACAAAGACUGUGAGAGGUUUACCUUCACCUGCCCUCAAUGUGGCACUGACAACAUCUACGACAGCGUCUUUGAAGGAGCUGGAUUAAAGUUGGAGCCCAGCUUGUUGCGAUGCUGUCACAUCCCCUGUGGGAGCAGCCCCAUCGCCGACGCUGUCAACAUCAGCAACAAACUGCUACUUGACAUUCGUCGCCAUAUCAAAAAAUAUUACUCUGGUUGGUUGGUGUGUGAGGACCAGGCAUGCCAGAACAGAACCAGACGUUUGCCCAUCGCCUUCUCCCGCCACGGACCCAUCUGCCCUGCCUGCACCAGGGCAACUCUCAGACCCGAGUACUCCGAGAAGGCCCUGUACAACCAGCUCUGCUUCUACAGGUUCAUCUUUGACUGGGACCAUGCAGCUGCCAAAGUACUACAGGGUGAUGAGAGAGCUCGCGCAAAGCUGUGGAACAGAGAAAGAGAUGUGUAUCGGAGGCUGAAGGAAGUGCCAGUUAAAGCCUUGGCCACCAGUAGCUACUCGGAGAUUAACCUGGCCAAACUCUUCCAGGCCUUCUCCUCCCUCAAGUAAAACAGCACACACACAUCUGUAAAGACAACACCUGCCAAGAAGCUCCAACAUCUGACUCAAAGGGGGACAUUUGCACAUUCAACUACAUCGGUUUUCUCUGUUUUUGGUUUUCCAAAUAUAUAUAGUAGGGUUGGUGAUUUUAGGCUUUGACCUCCUAACCCCCAUAUCAUCUUCCCUGAACCUAAUGGGCUUGUUAUAUGACUUGGAACCCAGUCACACCUCCCCCCCCCCUUUCCAGUUUCUUCACAUUGACACUCAUGACUUGACCCUGUCAACCUGACUCUGUAUGGUAAAGGGGAGUAGCGUGUGUGUGUGUGGGGAAAAAUGACUCAUAGCAGCCAGUAUACUCCAAAUGCCGGUAAUUAGCCAGUGAUAGUGACCCCGGCCACUAAGACCACUGGAUGCCUGCAGCAAUCGGACACUUGUUCUGAUUACCACCAUUCAUCCCGAGUGUGUGUCACAUCAAGGGAUGAAAGUAAGGAGGAUGCGGGGAGUGAUGGGGUGAGGGAGGCCACACGCAUUGCUCCCUCACUCUUUUGUCUCCGUAUCGAAUAGCUGAUCUCAUUCUCCUCCACUGCCUCUGUUUAACUGAUGCCAUUUCAUCCCUAUCACUCUUUUUCUUCCACCCUCCCUCCUCUGUGCAGAUUGUGUUUUAAUGCCUGUAAUUUUCUCUGUAUCAGACUUGUAUUGCUCAGGUGGGUGUAUGUAGUGAUUUUUUUUGUUGUUGCUGUAAUGACCAGAAUAUUUCAUAUUUGAUAUUUUGAUAAUUGAUGAGAACCAUUUUGAUACUGAAACCUCAAUAAAAAGCUGAAUGGAUAAGAUGUUAA